AUGCACCGGGGGGUCAGCAGCAGCAGCAGCUGCAGCGGGAGCGGCAGCAGCAGCUGCCGCAGGAGGAGGACCAAGCAGCAGCAGCAGCAGCAGCAGCAGCAACAAUUCUUACGUCUAAAGGACAAGUAUUACACCCUCUUCGCAGCAGAAAGAGCAGCAGCAGCAGCAGCAACAGCAGCAGCAGCAGCAGCAGCAGCAGCUCCAGCAGCGGCAGCAGGGCCGCAGGAGUUGCAACAGCAGCAGCAGCAGCAGCAGCAGCAGCAGCAAGUGUACAUACAGCUCACUGAACCCAUGGACGUAGACGGGGCCCCGGGGACGGCUGCAUCUGCUGCUGCAGGUCUAGCAGCAAGCGAAACGCGAUCAGCAGCAGCAGCAGCAACAGCAGCAGCAGCAGCAGCAGCAGCAGCAGAAGGCGCAGCAGCAGACAGCAACUCUGAACUCCUUGAGGGAAAUAUUGCAGCAGCAGAAGAGGGAGAUGAAGCUACAGAAGAGGACGAUGACCCCAGCGAGGAGGAAGAGGACAGUGAUACUGGCGGCGUUCCUUUGCCGCAGCAGCAGCAGGGAGAGCAGCAGCAGCAGCAGCAGCAGCAUCAGUAA